GCGAGCUAUACGCAUUCUCAAGGAUAAAUACCCCGACCUGGUGAUCUACACGGAUGUGGCACUGGAUCCAUAUUCAUCUGAUGGUCACGACGGAAUUGUGAGAGAAGAUGGCGUGAUCAUGAACGAUGAAACUGUCCAUCAACUAUGCAAACAAGCUGUUGCUCAGGCUGAGGCUGGUGCUGACGUUGUGAGCCCGAGCGAUAUGAUGGACGGUCGUGUUGGUGCGAUUAGAACAGCUUUAGAUGAAGCUGGAUACCACGACGUAUCGAUCAUGGCAUACACCGCCAAGUAUGCAAGCGCGUUCUAUGGUCCAUUCAGAGAAGCUUUGGACUCAAAUCCCCGUUUUGGAGAUAAGAAAACAUACCAGAUGAACCCAGGCAACUACAGGGAGGCUCUUCUCGAAGUACACGCAGAUGAAUCCGAAGGCGCAGACAUACUCAUGGUGAAGCCGGCUAUGCCAUACCUCGACGUGAUCCGACUUCUACGUGAUACAUCAGCACUUCCCAUUUCAGCUUACCAGGUUUCUGGAGAGUAUUCUAUGAUCAAGGCAGCAGCAUCGCAAGGCAUGCUGGACGAGAAAAAAGCGGUUUUGGAGUCUCUACUUUGCAUCAAGCGAGCUGGGGCCGAUGUCAUUCUUACUUACGCCGCGUUGCAAGCGGCCAGAUGGUUGUGUGGUGAGAAAUAAGAAGAAGAAAAUGAGACAUCAUUCACGGGAGAUGGAGGAAGCGGCCGGAUGGUUAAAUAAGAAAACGAAGUUUGCUUCGCGGGAUAUGGAGGAGCCAAAGGUCUUCUUCUGAUGGAAUAAAUGCGUGAGCUUUCCACGGGCAGUGUGAAGGAGGAUCUAGCGUCGUUGGUGGCAUCGUGCAAGGAUUUGUCGCAGGCCAGGCAGCUCCACGCUCGAGUUCUUUCCAGCGAGCAGCUCUCGCAGGAUAGGCAUCUCUGCAAUCUCUUGGUGAAAAUGUAUGGCAGAUGCGGGAGCGCCCGUGAUGCGUUUGAUGUCUUUCAAAGCUUGCACUCGAGAGAUGUUUUCUCUUGGAACAUCAUGCUGAAUGCUUAUACCCAGAAUGGGCAUCUUGAGACCGCAAAAACGUUUCUAGAGAGCUUUCCAGAAAAGAACGUAGUUUCAUGGAACACCAUCUUGGCUGCUUACUCAAACCAUGACUGUGUUAACGAAGCUACCCAGUUUUUCAAUAAGAUGCCUGCAUGGGACACAGCUUCAUGGAAUACUUUGAUCACUGCAUAUGCCAGAGGAGGGCAUAUGGAUGCGGCAAAACUUCUCUUUGACAAGAUGCCGGAGUGGAACGAGAUCACCAGCAUUGCCUUGAUCACUGGAUUCGCCAGCUCCGGAAGCCUGCAUUCCGCAAAAUAUGUCUUUGAUUUCAUUCCAGAGUUUGCUCCCGCGGCAGCAAUGGCUCUGAUCGCGGCAUACGUGCGUACAGGCCACCUCCACGAAGCCAAGCACAUCUUUGACAAGCUGGAGCAGCCGAGCAUCGCAGCAUCCACUAGCAUGAUCACUGCUUACGCGCAAGAGGGCGAUCUGGAAAGAGCCAAGCAAAUCUUUGACGGGAUGGAACUCUUGGACGAGGUUUCAUGGACUGUGAUGCUCCAGGCGUACGCACAGCGAGGAAAGAUGAGAGAAGCCAAGCGCUUGUUUGAUUCUAUCCCAGUUCCGGUGGACAAGGGCCGCGAUCUCGUGGCGUGGAGCGUGAUGCUGCUGGGCUACACACAAGCAAGAGAUGUUCCUCGGGCGAGAGACUUGUUUGAGACAAUCCCACGGAGAAAUGUCGUGUCCUGGACGCUCAUGCUCCAGGCUUACAUCGAAGCCGGGGAGUUUUCCAACGCCAUCGAGCUCUUCAAUUCCAUGCCCGAAAGAAACGUCGUGUCGAUGACCGCCAUGCUUGCUGCUCACGCCGGGCGACAAGACUUGGAAUGCGCAAAGUUUAUGUUUGAUUCCAUGCCCGAGAAGAACUUGGUCUCGUGGUCGGCGAUGCUGCAAGGCUACGCUACCAGCGGUGACGUCCGAGGAGCAAAGAUCUUGUUCGAAGAGAUGCCGUGGAAAGACACAGUUGCCUGGACAACCAUGCUCCAAGCGUACGCUCAAGCUGGUCACUUAAGAACUUCCUUGUUCGUGUUUGAGACGAUGCCCGAGCGAAACGUUGUGUCGUGGACAGCAAUGAUCUCGGCUUUUGCUCACUCUGGCAACCAGAUGGAUUCGAUCCAAAUUUUCCACACGAUGAACUUGGAAGGAGUGAAGCCCGAUGAUAUAUGCUUCGCCAGCGCUCUACUUGCUUGUAACCAUGUUGGAUUGCUCUACAGAGGCCAUGGUUAUUUUACCUCGAUGAGAAGGGAUCACGGGAUUGCUCCAGGGAGAGAGCACUACUUUAGCAUGGCCGAUAUUCUUUGUCGAGCAGGACGGCUCGAGAGUGCGCAGGAACUUAUACGUACCAUGCCUUUCGUGCCGGAAGUCUUGCACUGGGGAUCGCUGCUAAACGCGUGUAAACUUCAGGAAAAUACGAAGAUUGGGAACAAAACUGCCAAGCAUCUGUCGACUCUGGAUCCCAACGACGCUGCUCCUCACGUUCUCUUGUCAAAUCUCUAUGCUUCUCUUGGGAACUUGGGUAGAGCUUAGAUCAAACAACACUUGUUUAUAGUUGUAAGACCACUUUCAUGUCAAAAAUCUCUUGAUCAUUCGGGGUGAUCUCCUGACACUCUUUUGGA